AUGGACACGUCGAUUCCGGUCCACCCCCCACCCCAGCCAGGCCGCAACACUACAAAUCAAGCAUACAGUUAUCUCGACAUCCAAGGGCUCCAGACCUGGCAGAGCUUUAAUCUCGAGACAAUUCUCCAGCAGUACCAAAAUGUCUUGAACGGCGCGGUGAUCGCGGCUGACCCCAUGCCAGUCUCUCCACCACGACCCAUUACCGCCGAAAAUGUUCUCCAAGCGCAAAUCUGCGAGAUUUUGAGACCACGCAUUCGACGCUCAUUGCGAGUUGGAUUUGCUUUUCUAGCAAACAAUGGAGGAAUGCAGGGUCGCACAGAACUGUGUUUUGAUGUUGGCGAAUCAGCACGAGCAAUUGAAAAUUACAAACCCGAUACUGCAUAUUUCGACAUCCAUGCGGCUCCAGCAACUGCACCCAACCGUGCUCCUGGAGAUGUCAAGCCCUCGUGGAAAUGGAGAACCGACAUGAGAGGGAGCCAAAUUGUCAGUCAACGAAAUGAGUAUCGCCAAGCGUUAAGCCAGGUUAAUUUUUAUAUGAACCAGCACAACAGUCGCUACGGGUUCCUUGUCAGCAAUCAAGAACUGGUCGCAAUCCGGAAGCUGGACCAAAAUGGAAAUCUUGAGCUCGCUCAACCAAUCCUUUGGACCACAGGAGGAACUGCCACCCAACCACGAUUGACUGUUAUGCUUGCUUUGUGGUGCAUUGUUACUGAAAAGGCAUUAUCCGCCGGCUCUCUGCAAGAGCUGUAUGGAUUGGUCGAGUCCAAUCCGACUAGUACUACUUUGUACCUCGGGGCUCAUAUCUGUGGGGCAGCUACCCUCAACCAUGCUUACAACCUUCGCGUAAACGGGCCAAAUCGCUGA